UCCUUUGAACUCCUGUUUUCCUUCCUCCAAAUCUUCAUUUCUUUCUUCAGCUCAGUGGAGUGUCAGAUGGGUCCUCCUUCCCACCCCUGCCACCCAGAAGGUCUCCUCUGGCCCUGGCAGCUGGCUGAUGACCUCUAGCACAGGCCCCAGCCCUUGGGGUGGGAGGCCCUCCCCACUAUUCUGUACUCAACAGCCCCACUGUGGCCAGAUCACUGUAGCACCCUCACUCCCCUCCUCCAGGCCUGGGGAACCUGCAGCCCUGGAUGCAGGGCCUGAUCGCCAUGGCCGUGUUCCUGGUCCUCGUUGCAAUCGCCUUUGCUGUCAACCACUUCUGGUGCCAAGAAGAGCCGGAGCCUGUGAACAUGGUCGUGACCGUUGGCAACAAGGAAGAUGGGAUCCUGGCAGGAACGGAAGGAAAGUACUCCUCGAUGGCGGCCAGCUUCAGGUCCAAUGAGCAUGAGAACGCCUAUGAGAAUGUCCGGGAGGAGGAGGGCAAGGUCCGGAGCACCCCCAUGUGACCCCACUUGCCGGUGGCCCCCAGCGCUGAUCCUGGGCGCCUGGAAUCAAUGCCAUGCCUCUGAGCAGGAAUCUACAGCAACAGGCCGACUUCUCCACCACACCCCACCCCACCCCACCCUCCUAUGAAUCCUCCUUCGGAACUCAGACUGUGCCUGGGAUGGGGCUCCGCUGUGGCUCUGAGGUCUCCUGGGGGGUCUCCCACUCAAUUCAAUUCAGGAGACCCUUCUGAAGGAGACAGUCAGCUCAGCACCUCCCAUCCUGUCUACUUUUCCUCCCCUCACUGUGGAAAUGGCCUUAUUUCUGUGAAUAAAACCUUUUUGUACUUCGAA